AUGCAACCAGAGCCUCUACACGCUUCCCAGAACACGCUGUCCCCACCACUUACCCCCGAACACCCCGCCAUCACCUCCCAGCAUGGCCCUCAGGAUCGCGACCAGCAGCUCUUCCCACUCUCUCACCACCAUGGGGAGUCGGGAGAGCCUGUGUCUGCAGGCACCGCUGAUGAGCACGCGUCGCGCGAAUCAAGUCGCGACCGCGACCCCGACGCCACUCGACUGAGCCGCGCGAGUCCCCCGCCCCGAAACAGAAUCACGGAAUAUGAGAAUGCAUUAGUCCAGUCGCCUAAGAAACGGCCUCAUGGUCCAGUAUUUGAGGUCAUCAAGUCUGCGAGGAAACCUGACGACAAGAGCUGUCCACUUGCGAAGCUGCCGAAUGAAGUCUUGACUCACGCUCUCUCCCACCUGUCUCCGCACGACCUUGCCGCCGUGUCGCUUGUCUCAAAACGCUUCAAUGGCCUCGUCACGACCCCUCAUGCCUGGCGUGAAGCCUUCAAUCGCUACUUCCCGGGGCCUACAGCUCUUGUCGACGAGGAUGUGCGAUUGGCUCUUGAGGAAGCGGGUGAUAGCUUCCGCUCGGAGAAGCGUGCCUUCACACGUCUCACUGCGCUAUCUUCGUGGCGUAGCGAAUACAUACUGCGCACCCGAUUGCUGCGCUCGCUGGCCAGGGGUAAGCCCGUCCAGAUCGAACCUGUGACUGCUGCUCGCUCCGGACAACCGCAGAACAACGCCCCGGUCAACAUGUACAAUGCCUUCACGUACACCACUAUCAACCACCUGCACGCUACGUUCGGUACAGGGGGGUUGAACAAACGAGUUCCUCGCUUGAUUCACGGAGCAGACGACGUCGGCAUGUGCACCAGCAGUGACCCCACCAUCACGAAGGUCGAUCCUUGGGGCCAGAGCGACCCCAACUUCUACGCCCAAUUCUCCGAACGCUUCCCUGGUGUCGCUGAGUGGGGCUUAGGAUCUGGCGAAGUAGUCGGUCGACCGAAUGUUAUGGAUGUGUCUCAGCAAUAUGGCAUGGUAUAUGGCCAGGGCUGUGCCGAAGGGUCUUGCUACUACCGAGCCACCGAUGAGCAGCGAGGCCGCUUCAUCGCCGAGCCCACCGAUUUCUCGAUGCCUGAAGCCGGCAUACCUAAGCUUGGAGUGGACGGCGGCGCCAUUUGCAGUGUCUGGAUCGCUAAAUCAAAUGCCAUUCCCACCCUGACUGAUGGUUUGAUCGGAGUCCUCAUGGGCUCUGCAGCCGGUGUCAUAUCAGCAUGCAGCCUUGGAUCGGAUGGCCUUCGUGGUGCCCGUGUUCAGCGCGGCGACCUCGUCGCUCGCUGGGUGCUCAGUCCAGGCGUUCCAAUCGUAGCAAUUGCUGUUGACGAUAAUUACUCUCAUCAGCGCCAAGCUCAGAAUCGUAUCUGGGCUGUGGCUCUCAACGCGUUGGGCGAAUUGUUCUAUCUGACCAAGUUCCCCACCAGGAGCCAAGCUCCAAAGGGCCGACUCAACGAGUACUACCCUGAAUAUCUUGCUUGGCUCACUGGUCGCAGCGUCCACUGGAACAUCGUCGAACCCAGCAGACGGACUGCGAGGCCAGAUCCUUACAAGGACGUGGAAAUGGACGGAAGCUACUCGCCGAGAAGCUCUUGGGACGGCAUGUGCUUGAGCAAAGAUCAAGUCCUUGCUGAAACGAGAGAAAUUCACAAGUUCAUUUCCAAGACACCCAAGGAGUUCCGCAAAACGUGCCUUGGUUGGGAUAUGCGUAGGCGUCUUGAGGUUGACUUCGCAGGCGAUGAUGGCAACUUUGCGGGAGAAGCCAUGGUCGUUGUCGAGUGUGGGCUUGAAGAGGGGGAUGUCACCAAGCUCACUCGGUUCACGCGCUGGAAGGCUCGUGAGACUACCAAGGAGAGCACCACCUCUACUCGAUUUGCUUCUCAGCAGGCGUCUAAAUCUGCGUCACUAUUCGGCGGGUCUGGUGCCACUACUCCUGACUUUGUUCAACAGCAGCGGCUCCCCCAUCGAUUGCGAAGCCAAUCUUACGCAUCCGACAACAGCUCUCCUGAGCGGUCCAAUCUUGUCGAAGAGUGGAGAACAUCCGAUCUGACCUUCGGCGGCUUAAAGGUUCUCCAAAUUGCUACUACUGCCAUCGACUGCUCUACCUUUGCUACAAUGACUCUUUCAGAGGAUCCCGCUCUGGGUUUCUCGGCUGCGUCGACAACCUCUUCACCUUAUGCUUCGCCUAUGUCAGUGGCCAGUCAAUCGGCGUCUCCUUCAGAUAUUCCCGGCCAACGUGCUCGCUUUGUUGCAGCCGGUACGAAGACUGGCGAAGUCCUUUUGUGGGAUCUACGCGCUCCCGUUUCGCGAAGCGCCGAAUAUCCGAAUAGUCUUCAUCCUGUUCGGAUUAUCUACACUCAAUCGCCUGAGAUCAGUUGCCUUGCUCUGACAGCAUUGCACGUCGUGAUUGGUGGCUACGACGGAUUGGUCCAAGCCUGGGACCCUUUGGCUUCAGAUCCCAAACCCGUUCGUACACUGCACUCCCGCCAUGCUACCCGCGCUCGUAGGCGCAUCCAACAGGCCCAAGCUUCGAUCCAGGGCAUCGGUGUGAACAUGUAUGCGGCCGGUGCUAUUGUACUCGACCCCGACCCAACAGUCUUGCGCGGAGCAGUGUCUGUUGGCAACCAAAUUCGCUACUGGAGUUACAGUUCCUCCGCUGCCGACCAAUACAAGAGCAGCAAACGCCGUCUCCGCCGUGGUGAACGCGGAAGCAACAAUGUGGGCGAGCGCGUCGUUGGCGCGACGCGCCUCAACCUGAAAAAUUACAUUGACAAUGAGAAGCAUGAGCUCGAACGGGAGACGGUGGAGCGUCGCAAACAGGCCGAUCGCCUCGCUGGCCGCUUCGGCGUCGACCUUUUGGGCAGCGAAGAGGAAGCUCUGGCUUACGCCACGAUGCUUUCACAGGAAGCCGCACAGGCGGACGAGGCUAAGCGCAGAGAAAGCGAAAGCAGCUAUGCCAUCAGCAGCGACACCGCGACGCCUGAGCCCAGCAUUGCGCAGUCUAGCUCGCCCACCAUGGCUAUCGACCCCGAGCUUGACGCUGAUAUUGCCGAAGCCAUCCGCCUCUCUUUACAAGACAGCCCCGCGUCCGGCAUCUACGGCUCUGACUCGCCGGCUCUGGACGAGGAGUGGGACAUCCCAGUGAAGUACGCAAAGAGUAAGAAGAAUGGUAGUCCAAAGCCAGCUGGCAGAGCAGGUGGCGCGUCCGGGUCAAGCAAGGAUGCAGAGAUGGACGAUCUAGAGUUCGCGCUGCAGCUCAGCCUUGCAGAGGAGGCGAGUAGGAAGGAGGUGGAAGCGAAUGAAGAUGCUUUUCCGGCGCUCAGUCCGCGCUUGAGUAGCGGAAAGGGGAAGGGAAAGGGGAAGGCGCCGUGGUGA